AUGGACGAUGAAAAAGUUGAAUUCUUAAGAACUUGCGAAGUGCAUCCUAACUUUAGAAAAAUCUAUGUUUGCUUAAGAAAUUGUGAGCCCAAAUAAUUGACUUAUUGUUUGGCCUGCAGCUAGUAAAAGAAUGAAAAUAAGAAAUUGGUUCACGAUCACAAAGAGAUUUACGUCCAUGUUAUGGGCUCUAAAAUAGUUAAAAGCGUUCUUAAACUUAAAAGAAAAUAUGAUGAUCUUUACUCUAUCUUCUAUGAAUCGGAAGAGAAAGCUGGAAUUUUCAUUAAAUACAAAAACUUAAUCGACUACUUGCAAUUAAAGAAUUCUCAAUUAUAAAACUUAGAUCCUCAAAGCUAAAGAGGUGCGAUUAAAUUGCUUUAGUUUUUAUUGUCCCACAAAAUUUAUCUGGAACUAGAUUUGAAAGAAGAACUCUUUAAAUCUUUCUUAGACGUUUUCACUGAGGGAGACUUAAGUGAUAUGCCGGAGUUUGCUUUUGAAAACUAUCGAUUAUUUACUUAAAUGAAAGAAAAAGCUCAAAAAAUACUUAGUGAUUAAAUGAUUGCUAAACAGUAAGCCAAAAUUAGUUCCCUUGAGGACUAGGUGAAUCAACUUAAAUUAGACAUAGAACAAAUUAAGAUUGAUCUAGGGUUGUCUUGA